GCUACAGAAUAGCAUUCUGGUUCAAGCAGCUGCCCCAAGGCUUUUCCUCAUUUUAAAACAGUCUGCUACUUCCACCUGCGUGUGUCUGUGUGUCUGUGUGUGUGAGCGUGUGUGGCAGAGCAGCGAGGGGUGUAACCUGAUGCCGAGAGAGUUCCUGUGUGUGCCUGUCUGUGUGUGUUGGGAGAUGAGGAUAUGUGAGGUGCAUUGACAGACAGUUUAGCCUUGGUAAUGCACAACGGCUUAUGUGAGUCCCAUCGCAGGAUGAAGCCCCAGAGAUAGAGGCACCUGAGACAGGGGAGUGAACAGGAAAGGUGCACUCUUAGCAGGAUGGAACUCAACCGAAUUUCCCUGCUCUGCCAGGAAAUCACCAGACUAUGGUUUCAACUCAAAGUAAUGACAGAUGAGAUUAUGCAGCAAGAGAGCAGUCCUCUGUGUGCUGCAGACAUCAGCCCUGACCUCAGGAAACAGUUCGCCUUUUUAUCAGGUGGUAGAGGACAGAAUGGCAGCCCCAUCAUUAUUUUCCCAGAGUACCCAACGUUUGGUGAGCUGGAAGAACAGGAGUUUCACAAUGUCUUGACAUACCUGACCAGUGUUCCCAGUCUCAGCUCGUCAGGGGUGGGCUUCAUCCUGGUCAUUGACCGCCGGCAAGACAGAUGGGCAUCAGUGAAGGGGACGCUGCUGCGGAUCGCGGGCUCUUUCCCAGGAAACCUGCAGCUGGUGCUGGUACUGAGACCCACAACACUCUUCCAGCGGACCAUCUCAGACAUACUAUUUAAGUUAAACAAGGAUGAGUUUAAAAUGAAAGUGCCGGUAAUCAUGCUCAGCUCUGUGACUGAGCUCCACAGUUACAUCGACCGCACACAACUCACUCAGGAACUGGGCGGCACGCAGGAGUACUGCCACGAGAAAUGGAUUUCACACCGCACCGCCAUUGAAGGUUUUGCCCUGAUGGUGAAGAAAACAGCACAGAUUCUUCAGUCAUUUGGGACAGAGCUGGCAGAAACAGAGCUGCCCAAUGAUGUAGAGGCCACAUCCAACCUUCUGACCAUCCACACUGAGAAGAAGGACAAGAUGAAGGAGGACUUGAGGAUUGCUCUCUGUCAGGGAGGACGUUUGCUGGAGAGCAUCAAUGAGCCACUGGUGAAAGAUCGAGAUUACACCAUGAACCAGGAUGAACUGGAGAACCUGGCCACUGUUCAGAGGCUGCUGGGUCAGUUAGAUGAGACUGAAACAGCGUUUGAUGAUUUCUGGGACAAACAUAAGACCAAGCUGGAGCAAUGUCUGCAAUUGCGGCUUUUUGAACAGAACUUCAGGGAGAUCAAAGCUCAUUUAGAUUUGGCGUUUGACAGACUAUCAGGCUUCUCGGAAGUAGGAAUAAGCCCUGCCCAUGCUGAACAUAUCCUCAAAGAGCUGACCAAUCAUGAGGAGAGAACAUGUGAAGUUUUGGACCAGGCUUUGUCUCUAGCAGGUGAUGGAGACAGUUUAAUUGAAGCAUCUCAUUAUGCUGUGGACUCCAUCCUGCCCAAAUGCUCUGACCUGCGGGCUCUCUGUGAGGAGAUCAGUGGGGUCCUGAAGGCCAAAAAAGCACAUCUGCUCAAAGCUAUGGAGCUACACCAAUGUCUAGAGAAGACCACUAAAUGGUGUGAUGAAGGCAUUUACCUGCUGGCUUCUCAGCCUGUGGAUAAGUGUCAAUCACAGGAUGGGGCGGAGUCAGCACUACAGGAGAUUGAGCGUUACCUGGAUACAGCCAAUCAGUACAAGCUGACAGAUUUGAGCGGAGUUUGGAGGGACUAUGAGUCUGUGCUCACGCAAGAUUUCAGGGUUCAGGUGGACAGAGUGUUUCAGAAGCAGCAGUCCAUGCAAGAAAUGUUUGAGAAGAGGAGGGUCAGUCUAAAGAAGUUAGCAGCCAAACAAACACGACCCGUGCAGCCCGUCGCCCCUCGUCCAGAGGCCAUCAUCAAAGCACCCCUCUCCUCUCCGGUAACUCAUAGGGAGAACACUAUAGAGGGUGAUAUCAUCAAUGGAAACUGCAGAAAGGGAGAGACACACUUGCAGAAUGAUGGCAGCAGACACCCUUCUGUCUCUGAAGAAGAGGAGAACUUUGCUGUGCUCAGACGGCAUGUGAUGAAUGAGCUGUUGGAAACGGAGAGAGCGUAUGUAGAGGAGCUGCUCUGUGUGCUUGAGGGUUAUGCAGCAGAGAUGGACAACCCUGCCAUGUCUCAUCUAAUCCCCAACACACUGCUUCAUAAGAAGGACGUCCUCUUUGGCAACAUGCCUGAGAUAUACCACUUCCAUAAGAAGACGUUUCUUCGUGAACUGGAGGCAUACACAGAUUACCCUGAGCUGGUAGGCCGAUGUUUCUUGGAGAGGAUGACGGAUCUGCAGAUCUAUGAGAAGUAUUGUCAGAAUAAGCCUCGCUCUGAAUCUCUAUGGAGACAGUGCUCUGACUGUUCCUUCUUCCAGGAGUGUCAAAAGAAAUUGGAACAUAAGCUUGGUCUGGACUCGUACCUGCUGAAACCUGUUCAGAGAAUAACCAAAUACCAGCUUUUACUAAAGGAACUGCUGAAGUACAGUAAAGGCUGUGAAGGGGAGGAUGACCUGCAGGAGGCGCUCUCUUCUAUUCUAGGCAUCCUGAAGGCUGUGAAUGACUCCAUGCACCUUAUUGCCAUCACUGGAUAUGAAGGUAACCUGAGUGACCUGGGCCGGCUGCUGAUGCAGGGGUCCUUUAGCGUGUGGACGGAGCAUAAAAAGGGUCACGUAAAAGUGAAAGACCUGGCACGCUUCAAGCCCAUGCAGAGACACCUGUUCCUGCACGAGAAGGCUCUGCUCUUCUGCAAGAAGCGAGAGGAGAACGGAGAGGGUUAUGAGAAAGCCCCUUCAUACAGCUUCAAACACUCACUCAGUAUGAGUGCUGUGGGUAUUACUGAAAAUGCAAAAGGAGACAACAAAAAGUUUGAGAUCUGGUGUAACUCUCGAGAGGAGGUGUACAUUGCACAGGCACCGUCAACAGAAGUCAAAACGGCAUGGGUGAAUGAAAUCAGGAAGGUUCUGACCGGCCAGCUGAAGGCCUGCAGGGAGGCGAGCCAGCAGAAGAGUUCAGAUCAGAUCUCUCAGUUAACUCCCACCAGCACCACAUUGACCUUGAGCCCCUUCAAGACCAACACAAAGAGCCUCAAGAAGGGAGAGGAGAAGAAAACUGAACCAACAGUGGUAGAUCCAAGUACAGCUUCUUUACCCAAAAACACUGAUAAGGUCAAAGAUGAGACAGUCACCAGUCCCAACACUGAGAGAGCUGCAGUGGCUAAAAAACGUUUUACACUGCAGGGCUUCAAUAACCUCAAGAGCCAAAAAGAGCUGAUAGCGACCUCUGGUGGUAAAAGUCUUACACUACCCAUGGUCACUUUCUGCCCUCCAGGAUCCCCCCCUAGUCCAGACCACAAAACUAAAAGACAUGAGAUUAAGAGUGAUCCAACUCCGUUUGGCUUUAGAGGUUUCACCAAGGCAUCGCUGUCUAUGGAUGCAUCAGAGGAGAACGACGGUUACUCAAGCACCGAGGACCCCAUGAACUCUGACCCCGAGGAGGAGGGAGGGAAGAAACUGUCUCCAGGCAGGUAUGUGGUAGCUGCUGACUAUGACAAAAGCGGACCGCAGGAGCUGACAGUAAAGAGUGGAGACACAGUGGAGUUGGUCAGAGAAGGAGAUGAUGGACGCUGGUUUGUACGUAAUCUGAGGACCAAUAAAGAGGGCUGGGUGCCAGCCACAAACCUGCUAACUCUUAUCACAGAGUCCAAAUCUUCUCAAUCUCUCUCCAGCUCAGAAGGCAGUGGAUCUGGCAACCUCAGCACAUCUUCCAGCUGUAGUGAGUCCUACACAAGCUUCUCGGACAUCAAAGCCUGAAGCCUGGGCCUCGAACCUACAUCUGCACCACUGCCUUGUGGCAGCUCCUACACAGUGCACUUUCUACUGAAGCUUCUCGGGUCUUUGUACUGUAUUUAACCUCCUCAAUUCAGCUGAGAGAGGAAUUGACCUCUGCGGUCAGUAUCCGCUUUUCAGGAUAUUUUAUAUAGAGCGUUACUCUUAAUGAUAUAAGAGGUGAGAGAGCAAGAGGAGGGAUAAUGUAAUUUUGUGUCUGCUGUUCCCAUUCAAAUUCUCCUUUGCUUCAAAAGUACUGAAGUGAAGCUGUUACGUCCUUUCACAACUGCAUGUUACAUUUCCUAAAAAAUUUGACAAUGAAAAAUAGAUUCUUAAAGUGAUAAUUCACCCAAAAAUUAAAAUUAUGUCAUCUCAGCCUUGUUUACCCAUAUGACUUUUUCUUGUAAGCAGAAUGUUUAGUCUGACAGCUUCAGUCACCAUUCGUUUUCAUUGUAUGCCAUUCUGCCCAACAUCUCCUUUUGUGUUCCAGAAGAAAGUUUGGUUUGGUACAACAUGAAGGUUAGUUAAUAAUGACAGAAUUUGAAUUUGUGGGUGAACUGUCCCUUUAAAGGCUUCUGUAACAUCAUCAGAGUAAUCUGCAGUUUCAUUGAAAUUAAUAAGCACUCUCACUGGACAUUUCUAAAAGAAAAGUUGAGCUUUUAGUCAGUUUUAUUGAUCUUGCAUGGAGAAUAUCAGUGUCUUUUUGGAAUGUCUGAUUUUCUUACAGUCUAAAGCUCCUGUCUGAUUUGCUGUAGCAACAAGACAAUGAAAUGUUGUUUUUUUUUUAUGCUAAAUAUUAUUGAGGCUAUGCCAGGUUUCCUGCAAUUGAAAUGACUGUGAAAAGUCAUGUCAUUCACUGUAUGUAUUAAUCAAAAACAGCUGUAUAGUUUAAAUUAUUUUCUGCAAAAGAAUACGAUUUGUACAGAUAUUAGCUUUUAUCAUGUUUUUCAUUAAAACAGUAUACAUAUAUAUAAAUAUUGUAUAUUAUGACCACUAUUGUUGUCAAUUAAUUGUAUUUUGUUGGAUCUGUCACUUUACUGAUCUGCAACGGUUCAUGUACAUGUUAUCGCAAUUGUCCAGUAACAACAUACUGUAUUCACAUUUUAUGUAAUUUAUUUUGUCAUCACGGAUAUUAAUUUGAUUGGUUCAAAAUGUAAUGACUGGAAAGCGAUAAACAGUGUGUUCAAACCAGCAAUCAAGUUUUUAAGACUUUAUUAAAAGAAUAAGUAUUUUUUAAAACUUGUCAAAAAUGUUCAUUUAUGUCAGUGUUCCUAGAAUCAGACAUCUGAUUUGAGGAAGAAAUGAAAUAUAAUGGGUUUUUGACAGUUUGAUGACCACAAAUUUUCUUUGCUUCAUGGCCACAUAGCUGUAAACUUGUCUUUUUGUUUAAGUGUGUUCAGCAAUACAAAGUCACUGUUAAUUUCUAUUUAAAUUGUAUGUGGCACAUUGCUGCAUGUUAGUUUUAUCUUCAUGUUUUCAUUUGGCAUUAAAAUAUUUUCCAGUAUUAAGCUUGUAUCUCUGUAUAUGUGUAAAUAUGUAUCUAAGAGGUUGUAUGAGAUUAAUGAAUUUAAAGUGCAUAGGUUGAAAUAAACUUCACUGAAACAUUCUGUCCUUUU